AAUUAAGCAAGCUAGCUAGUUAGGUACACCUAGACUAUAGAGAUCAUCUUCAUCUUCAUCAUCAUCAUCGGAUGGCGAUUGGGCAAGUUUUGCAUGAGUUGGAAGUGAACGUGUCUGCAAGCCAAGCAUGGGAUCUCUACGGCUCACUUGAACUGGCAAAACUCGUGGAACAAGCACUUCCAAAUCUGAUUGACAAAGUUGAACUCAUACAAGGUGAUGGAGGGGUUGGCACUAUUCUCAAAGUAACAUUUGCAUCUGGUUCUGGUGUGCAUAAGGAAAAGUUCACAAAAGUGGAUCAUGAAAAGCGGGUCAAGGAAGUAGAGGUGAUUGAAGGUGGACUUGUGGAGCUUGGAUUGAGCCUUUACAGAGUUCGCUUCGAAAUCAUUGAGAAAGUAGAAGCUGAUUAUUCCUCCUGCUGCUGCAUCAUCAAAACCACAAUUGAGUUUGAUGUCAAGGAAGACGCUGCUCCCAACACCUCCUCCCUUGUGUCUAUCGACCCUUUCAAAAACAUUGCAGAGGUCGCAAAGACCCAUCUCCUCAACAAACAAUCUCUACCUCUACCCAGGCCCUCUUAGCUUUUCAUUUUCCUAUCUCAUUUAACUCCAUCCAUUUGCCCUUUAAAAUAAAAUUAAUGCAUCUUUUACUUAUAAUUCAACUUUUUAGCUUU